AUUCACUUUCUCGUCCAUUAACACUGACACAAAUUUAUAUAAAACCACAUCCUAUAUGGUAAACGCUCCCUUAGUGGUGCUAGUACCAAUAGUGGUUGCAAUGCAAUAUAACACAUGAUAUUGCGAAAAUUACAUAUACUAACACCAUUUCAUUAAAUAAAUAUUGUUCAUUACUUUAGUACGCAACGAUUGAGUAAUAAAUUUACGUGUUUUGUCCCUUAACAUGUUAGAAAUGUGAUAUUCAAAAGUUGUAGAUAAUUGGGUUUUUAAAUUUUGAAAAAAUCAUCGAUUUUUCAUUUCUAUACGAAAGAGCACCUUUUUCUCAGCCACUAUGAUUUUUUUCAGAUUUUUAGAACUUUAUUUUGGUACCCAUAAUGAAUUUCAAAGAGAUAUUUUGAAAUCACCUUUUGACAGCUAGGCAACUGCUUGACAGCUCCGCCCAGUACAAAAUGCGACGAGGGGUGAUUCGACAAAUCGCUCCCAUACAAACUUCAAAUUGAUUUUUAAAUAGGUUCCCGGGCACCAAAAUUCAUGAAAAUUUGGAUUUAGGCUCAGUUUGACAUGCAGAUUCAGAAUAUGGGAUUAUCUCAACACCGCUAAAGAAGCCAAUUUGCGGUGAAUUUCUUAAGUUUUUCUAAGUAACGACCUCAUGUACUUAUGCGUAAAACACGCCAUUUAGGCAGUUACUUCUAAUGUCAUUGAUUCCAAUAUGUCAAAACUUGAUGAAAUUCUUGAAAUUCAGUGGAUUUCAGCAAUUACAUUUCUUAUUAUGUGAUAUUUUCCCGUUGUUCCAUUAUGGGCACAAGAAAUAUGCAUGUUCCCAUAGUGGUGGUAUUCCAUUGUUUACAUGUGACAGUCAACCGAAAAAAAUAACAGUGAACAUUUUUUACAGUUUUCUGGUGUAACAACAGAAUGGAUUCGUCGACGAAGGCCGCUUCAAAAUACGACGAAGCGGCAAUUUCUCGCUGCAUGGAGCUGGUGACCUCCAAACAAAAAACUUUGUACGCUGCGUGCAAAGCUUAUGGCAUUCCUCAGUCUACCGUUCGCUACUGGCUUAGCAGCAAAUGGACCACAAAAGUAAGAAAAGGACCGCAAACGGCUCUUACUAAAGCCGAAGAACACAAACUUGUGCAAUACGUCAUCAGUAUGCAGAGAAAAGGUUACCCGGUGGUGAAAUAAUUGCUGCUGCACAAGGUGAAAACCUUCUUCGAAGCUUGUCCUCGUCCAAAUCCUUUCACAAACAACAAACCUGGACGAAAAUGGCUAAAGGGUUUUCUUCGCAGAUAUCGUGAGAUAACCUUCCGUACGCCGGAAUCCGUAUCGUCUGCCAGCGCGAAGGUGAAGGAGUCUGACAUUCGUGGAUGGUUUGCGACAAUCACGUCCUACAUGGAGGAGAAUGACCUUAUGGCAGCUGCGUUGGACCCAACCCGAGUCUAUAAUGGCGAUGAGACAUCAUUUUUCUUACAUCCGAAGACAAAGGCUGUGCUUGCUUGUCGCGGAAGCCAAAAUGUCUUCGAAGUCGAACAUGCUGACAGUCAUAAAAACAUCACCGUAAUGUUUACAUUCGGAGCGGAUGGAUCUGCUGUAGAACCGGGAGUUGUUCUUCCAAUGCAGCGUUUGUCUGCAGAGCUUCUACGCAUGUUUCCUGGAGAUUGGGGAAUUGGCAAAAGCCCUAAAGGAUGGAUGGACACUACCAAUUUCAUGCUGUACAUCCGAAACGUUUUUCUCAAACAUCUUUAAAAGAGAAAGGUUAAGCUUCCGGUGCUGUAUUUCGUUGACGGUCAUUCCUCCCACACAGCUGCAGAGGUGGCCGAAUUAUGCUUGGAUUUGGGUAUCGUACUUAUUGCGUUGUACCCGAACACCACUCGCAUCACCCAGCCUGCAGACGUUGCCAUACUCAAACCCCUCAAAACUGCGUGGAAGAAUGCUGUAACUGACUGGCAGGAUGAUCACAGAGGAGAAACUCUCACCCUGGAUCACUUUCCCGCGGUUUUGCAAGAAGCAAUGAAGACUGGAAUAAAAAAGACCAGUAUCAUUAGCGGAUUUAAAGUGUGCGGUCUUUUUCCUCUCGGUCCAGAUGGUGUUGACUAUGAAAAGUGCAUUGCUAAAUCAGUAGUCCGGAGUACAACGGUCCCUGCCGUAUCUGAUGUCAACAGAAUCGAGGUGGCUGAAACUGACGCUGUGUCACCUGCCACGGAUGAGAUACCUUCCGAAAUGAAUGUACAGCUUGAUGCCGAAGACGUGAUUUUGGAGGAUUCAGUCAUCAUACCAACGUCAACAAUCCAAGCCGCGAUUAAUUGCAUUGGCAGGCAGCGUAUCAUUGGGUUCAGCGAUGAGUCUAUCAUCUCGGAAGAAGGAAAAGUUGUCAAGGAUCUGUUUGACCUGUUACUCGUGCCAUUUGAUUCGUUCAGCAUGGAAGCGAGUUGCGAACCACAGGAAGUAUGUUCCAUGAUAUCCAACCUUGAAGAGGAUUCAGCUUUUAUCGAUGAUGGGGAUGAAGUAACGUUCCAUGAGAUGGAAAGGAGAACUCCUCCAGGCGAAUUUCACGACAUGGACGACGGAACAUUGUCUGAGGCGGAAUGGGAAGACGAAACUUCUCCCAGGAUACUGAAAGAAAGAACUGAUAACAACUUUACAGGCCGUAAAAUGAGUAUUUCCGAACUACUUCAGAUGCCACCAACUCCACACAGAAGCAAUAUUCACAGAAAUUACAAAAGGAAGUACUAUCCAGUUUUGACGGCAUCGGAACGGCUCGACGAAAUUCGUCGCAUUGAGGAGGACAAGGAAAAUGAAGUAGCGAGAAAGAAAGUCAAAGUCGAGGAGAGAAAACUUGCGAAAAUACGAAAUGAGCAGCUUAAACUUGAAAAAGCGGAAAUCAAGUAGAAGAAACGAGAGGAAGCCGAGAAACUGAAAAACGAUAAAGCUGAACUUCGAAAACAAAAACAGGAAAAAACUGAAGAACGAAAGAAGAAGAAAGAGAAAGACAAGCAGAGCAAGGCUGUAAAAGCUUGUAAGCAGAAACGAGAUAAGCUGAAAUUGUAGGAUGCGUUGAAGCUUUCCUGGAAGGAGUGACCAAUGACGGUAAAUCGCACUUUUAAACAUGAAAUUGAUUUUUAUUUGUAUUGUUUUAUCACGAAGGAGAAAACCAUGAUUUGCCUUCGGAGUAACUGUGAAUUGAAGAAUAAUGAAUAAUUUUCUUUUUUUAUAAAUGUCUGGAAUAGAAAUGUACACAAAGGGUUUUCUUGGGAGAGGGCAUUCAAUUGGGAAAUUAUGCUACGUGGUUAAUGAACAACCACAAAUCUAACACCAAAAUAAUUAAGUAAGGUCCUUUCGUCUAUCAACUUAUUUUAUAAUUAGAUUUGCGAAUUUCGUCCAGUGAAAACUAAACAGCAAUUGAAAAAAUAAACUCAAGUUGAACAGGGUUUCAGAAAUGUUUGCUACUUCCUCACAUAUAUAGACUGCCCCAGAAAGUAUGGACGCACCUAGUCUCCAGUUGUCUGGUCCUGUUCGAUGGUUCUCGUUUCGGGCUUUGUUUCGACUGUUUCUGCUCACUAUAGCAUCGAGGACUCAAACGUUGUUUGUCACGAUGAACAUUGGAAUUCGAAAUGGCAACUUUUGUGGU